CAUCUUCUUCUUAAAAACCUCCUUCCAACCUCACCAACAAUGGCUGACGUCCAAAGCCCCUUCACACUACUCUCGCCUCCUCCUCCUCCGUCUUCUUCUUCUUCUUCUACCCCGAACGCCGGCAUGACCAUGCUGUACUACGGCCUUGCGGUGGUCGUAACCGCCGCCAUAGUGCUAGCCAUGUACAACCUCAUCAUCAUCAGACGAUGCCGCCGGCGCCGGCACGCGCCGCAACGGACGACAGGGAACGACCGGGUGGUGGAGGUGGUGAUCGCGGCGGCAGGGAGUAGUAGUCGGAGCUUGGAAUGCUCGAACAGGAACCUGCUUUCAAGCUUCAAGUAUAAGAAAGAAGAAGCAGAGGAGAAGGAAGAAAACGACGGAGGAGGAGGAGGAGGAGGGAAAGGUGAGGAAUAUGAAUGCCCAGUUUGCUUAUCGGAGUUUGAAGAAGGCGAAGAAGUGAGGAAGCUACCUCGGUCAAAGUAAGCAGAAGAGUCAAUAGUGGAAACUUCAAUCAUUGUGACGGUCUAGCUGGAAGAGAUGAGAGGGAAAUGAAUAGCAUGCUUCUGGAGUACUCAGUGUGAGGCUUAAUUGAAUGAAAGAAAAUAUCACUUAAAAAAGAAAGAAAGUACGCAUUUGUUUGGUUCUUUGCAAACAGCAGAACAGACAUGCCGUGCCAAAUUUAGCUCAAAUUCUUUGUUU